UUUUAACUUGCUCUUCUGAAUGGCAAUGAACCCUCUCUGCAAACAAUUAUUUUUUAGGUGUGUUUGCAUUAAUGUUGUUUAUAACCAUGUACCUGGGAUUCUGAUGAGGGGAGUAGUCAGCUUGAGGGAUUUACCAUCUUUGGGCAAGUCUCAGCAGUGUCUCUUCAUACCUGGGCAUUUUCCUGCACUUGACUUUUGCAUGUGCUCAGAACUUAAUUUUGCAGUUCAAGUUGCAUCACCUUUGAGCAUCAAUGAAAGACCAGGCAUGGCUUUCUUCAAGCAGCAGAAGGUGGAGGACGUUUAUGACAUUGGGGAAGAGCUGGGAAGCGGCCAGUUUGCCAUAGUGAAGAAGUGUCAGGAGAGGAGCACGGGUGUGGAAUACGCCGCCAAGUUCAUCAAGAAGCGGCAGAGCCGGGCGAGCCGGCGCGGGGUGAGCCGGGAGGAGAUCCAGAGGGAGGUCACCAUCCUGCAGCAGGUCCUGCACCCCAACAUCGUCAAACUGCAUGACAUCUACGAGAACAAGACGGAUGUGGUCCUCAUCCUGGAGCUGGUUUCUGGAGGAGAACUUUUUGACUUCCUGGCACAGAAGGAGUCUUUGAGUGAAGAGGAAGCAACCAGGUUCAUCAAGCAGAUUUUGGAUGGUGUGAAUUACCUUCACUCUAAGAAAAUUGCUCAUUUUGAUUUAAAGCCUGAAAACAUUAUGCUUCUAGACAAGAAUAUCCCUAUUCCACACAUCAAACUCAUUGACUUUGGCCUGGCUCACAAAAUCGAAGAUGGAGUUGAAUUUAAAAACAUUUUUGGAACUCCAGAAUUUGUAGCUCCAGAAAUCGUAAACUAUGAACCACUUGGAUUAGCUGCAGACAUGUGGAGCAUUGGAGUCAUCACCUACAUCCUGCUUAGUGGUGCAUCACCUUUCCUUGGAGAAACUAAACAAGAAACGCUUGCCAACAUCACAGCUGUGAAUUACGAUUUUGAUGAAGAGUUUUUCAGCAAUACCAGUGACCUGGCCAAAGAUUUUAUUCAGAAACUUCUGGUGAAAGAUACACGGAAGAGGCUUACGAUUCAGGAAGCUCUGUCUCAUCCCUGGAUAACGCCCAUGGACAAGCAACAGGCUUUGGUUCGGAAAUCAUCUGUUGUUAACAUGGAAAACUUCAAAAGGCAAUAUGCCAGGAGGCGGUGGAAGCUUUCCUACCGCAUCGUCUCGCUGUGCAACCACUUGUCCCGUUCCCUGGUGAAAAGGGUCCUGAUGCAGGAGGAGAGUUUGAGGAACUGUGAGAGUGACAGUGAGGAUCUUUCCCAAAGAGAAGUUCCUCCUCAGAGGAGAAGCAGUAUAUCCUAAUGUGAAGAGAAUUCCACGGGCAGGAGACACAGGAGACUUCCAUCCCUGCUGAAGCAAGCAGCCCUGGCAGCAGACCUUGACUUAUCUGAGUCAUUGGUGUGAUGCUUCUUGCUUCUCAAACAGCACCAACAGCUGGGUGAUGGUAUUAAAUGUCUGCUGAGCAUCUUGGAAAACUGGGAAGCGAGAUUCCCAGGGAAAUGCCACAGCACAAGCACCAGCUGGAGUGCUUUGAGUGUUUCAGUGAUACUUCAAUCUGUUUGUGAUGUCGGCUGCACUCAGGGUGUUGGGUUUCUACUGAUAUUCCUUUCCUGGAGAAUAAUUCCCGUCCUGCACAGUGGUGAAGACUUUGUGCAUUAUUACUGUUUCAGUCAGGGAAAUUGUUAGUGAGUUGUCAGGACAUUUUGUAAUGCAAUUUUGGUAUUUGUUAAUAGCGUGGAUAUGUGAUGGCAGAUCUCUGCCAGGUUUUGUUGGCUGUGUGCAGGGCUCUGUCACUGCUGUCACUGAGGAGGAAAUCCUGAUAUCAUUGCACAUCUUUGAUUUUGGCAACAGUUCUGCACUGCAACAAGGACUGUGCUCUGGCUGAGGGCUAACACGACCAGUUGUGAGUACAAUUAGUUGAGGCCACUGAGAGGAUGACACAGGCCCAGGCAAUUUUCGGAUGAAAAAGAGAAAAAAUGCUGUAGUGAUUUACAUGCACCCAAAUCCAGUGUUUUUACAGGAUGAUGGCAGGAUAUUCACCAAAACAGGGCCUUUAAGAACCCCAGGUAUUUGAAGAAAUAGUCUCUGUUGGACUUUGUUAUUGUUGUCAAUGUUAUUUAUUGUCAGCAAAUUGGAGAUGGGUUAACACCUAUUUGUGCAGGUGCUAUUUACAUGUAACCCAGACAGCAAACAUCUGCUUUUUAUUCAGGGGGUUGUAUCCAAAACUGAGGAAGUGAGCACUUUGAUACUGAUGUAACAUCUUUGCACUGGGAAGUUGCAUCAUUUUAACUAUUAUUAGUUUCUAAGCCAGUAUUGUUCGAUUGGUACCAAAAAAAUGUGUAUAGAAUAGGUUAUUUUUUUCAUUGAAUGUAUUUGUUGUUAGAAAUUCGUAUUUAUUUUGCCAUUUAAUAAAUUAAAAAUCAGAAACCCUAUUAGAAACAACUAUGGAUGGACAAGGAAACUGUUUUUGUUUGGCUUUAUGUUGGUCACUUCUAGGCUGAGGUUUUAGAGCAGAAGGUGUGAACUGGUGUUGAAAAUUAGUGUCAGGUGGUUUCCAGUUUCUGAGAAAUAAAUAAAAAUAUGCUACUUUUAUUUAUAACUUUGUAUCCCUGCCUAGGUAGUGACUAAAAUGCAGUUGAUAAGAAAGUAUUUCUGUGAAAGGAAGGGAAUGUAGGAGAAGCAUUGGAGGAGAGAGGCAGAAAGGAGGAUUUGAUGGAAGAAACAUAAAAUGAAGGAGGUGGUGGGAGGAAAAAAAGCAGUGGGGGGAGGAAGGAGUGUGAGAGGGACACGUAGGGAGUGAAGGUGAUCCUGGACUGGGAAGGUGAAGGAAGGGAAAGAGAAUGUGGGUGCAGGAAUUGUGGAAGCAGGAGAGUGGAUGUUUCUGCCAGUAUGGCACUGCAUUUUGCUACUAUUUAUUUAAUUUCCUUUUAUUUCAUGUCUUGUGCUGCCACUUAGCCUGUGAGAUGUGCCUGCUCAAGGGAUAAGGGGCAGUGCAUGGGCUUCUCUUCACAUUUAAAAGAUGUAUUUAUGAGCUUUCUGUGUAAUUCUUGAGGCAGAAUCCUCAAAAAGUGCUGUGUUAAGAGGGAGCAAUAACAGGAAAACCUGUUGUUUCAGUGUGUCCUGGUUUCAGCUGGGAUAGAGUUGAUUUUAUUGUUAGUAGCUGGUAUAGGGCUGUGUUUUGGGUUCAGCAGGAGGGUAUGUUGAUCACACUGAUGUUUUAGGGGUUGUUCUGUAGUGUUUCCCCAAGUGAAGGACUUUGCAGUUUCUCAGGCUCUGCCAGUGAGGAGCUGCACAAGAACCUGGGAGGGAGCAUGGCCAGGACAGCUGACCUCAAUGGUCACAUUCCAAAGGGACAUUCCAGACCAUGGAAUGGUGCUCAGUGUAGGAGCUGGGGGAGCUGGCUGGGACACAGGUCACUGCUCAGGCUGUGCCAGGCGUUGGGCAGUGGGUGGUGAGCAGUUGUAAUGGCAUCACUUGUCUUCCUUGGGUGUUACUGCUCUCUCUUUUCCUUUUCAUUAUUGUUAAUUAUUGUUAUUAUUAUUAUUAUUAUAUUUUGCUUUAGCUCAGUGAUAAAACUGUUCUUAUCUCAAAGUAACCCACGAGGUUUAAUUCCCAGUCCUCCUCCCCUCCAGGACGGGGGGCAGUGAGUGAGUGGCUGUGUUGGGGCCUCGUUGCUGGUUGGGGUUAAACCACAACACGGUGUCUGGAGGGCACCUUUCACAAAGAGAACACUACAAAUAUAAAACCUGUCCAGCAAAUUUUGCCUCCUGCUUUGCCUGGGAUGUGGAAAAUUGAGUAAACUCCAAGCCAGUGGUGUUUUUCUGAAUUUCUGGAGUUUCAGAAGCACCUUCCGUUCCCAAAUUAGAGAUUGUGGGAUGUGUAGGUAAAUUGCACUUCUGCAAAUGAAGCCCUGGUUAAAAUAGCUGUUGGGUUUGGGUCAGGGCUGUGCUCUCAUGGAGGUGAGGUCAUUGUUCUCCUGUGAAAUCCUGGCAACUACUGAGCCAGAUGGGGAGUAGGGGAAGGCCAGACAGGGCAGUGCAAGGCCAUGUGAAGCUCUGGCUUAUUAUUUGUACAUUAAUAAAAGAUGUAAGGAGGUGUUUUAACAAAGCCAGGAGAGGCAGCUCAGGAUGUUCAGUCUCCAUCAUCUCUGUGCCCAGGUGAGGUGAGGACAGGCCCCCGGCACCUCCUCUGUGCCCGUGUUGGUGUCAUUCUUUACCAUUGCUGGUGUUUGAGGAACUACAGGUUCUUUUUAUUAAGGGACUAAAGAAAAAGAAAGGCAUGGGAGGGAGGGGAAAUGGAGAAACUUCAUUAAAACAAUUUAUGUUACAGAAUUUGCUUUGGUGGGGGAGAAAAAUCUAUUUUCUGUGUACUAUUUUUGAGCAGUAGGGAACCUGGAGAAAAAUGAAGUGAUAGUCUGGGGGAGGGGGGGAGAACAAACAACCUCUAAGUAUUUUUAUUAAAAUAUUACUAUUUUUAUUCUCACUUUAGUGCUGAUGGUUUUUUUUAAUCUACAUGUAUUUUUAUGAAGAGAAAUACUGAUUAUUUUUUUUGUGUGCGUGGUGGGAAAUAGUACAGACUGUCAAAAAUAACCAGAGGUAUUUGUUACUGCGAUUUGCUAAUAAAAUUUUGCGAAGCAGGA